GAGAAGAGAGGAAGAGAAAUCUUGGCUAGGGUUCGUCUGUCUGCGCUGCCGGCGGCUAGGGAGAAAGCACUCGCUCGAUCGAGGAAGGAAGGAAGGGCGAUGUCGAAGAAGAACAACCUCGCCACGAGGAGGAGGGCGCACGAGUUUGACCUCCAGAGGGAGAAGGCGGCCAAGGAGGAGCGGGCCAAGAAGCUGCAGGCCAAGAAAUCCAAGAUGAAGAUUGAUGGCAGUGAUAAGAAAAAGAAGGGCAGUAGUUUUAAGGUCGGCAAGAAAAAGGUCAAGACAAAGCUUUCAGCCUUAACAAAAGCCAAGGCUGCACAAGCCAUGGAGGUUGACAAGUGAUUCCAUCGUCUUAAACUGUUCGACUGAUGCUGGCUGUUUUGAUGCAAUCAUGGAAGAAAGGAAGUAGUUGCAUGCUCAGAUCAGUGUCAUUUGAUCUGGCCGAGUCCCAUUUAGCCAAACAACUCCCUUUCUUUUUUGAUGUAUGGCUUGUACUCCUCUCCAAAGACAUCUUUGAAAUAUAAUAUUUUCUGUAGCCGGAAUUUGCAGCUCCUGAUGUGUAUGAUAUAUAUUACAUGUUUUGGCCUCUGCAUGCUGUAUCGGAUGCAUCAUGCUGUAUGAGAUGCAUCAGCAGCAAGAAUACGUUCUUACCUA